GACAAAGACAACAAAAAACAACAAAAACGCUACAAAUAUUUAUUAGUAAACACUAAAAAUAUAAAAAAAGAAAACUCUCGCUUCUGCUUCAAAGCCAAACAAAUCAAAACAAACUUUUUGAACUUUAUACGACAGCAAGAUGCGUCAAAAGGAUUUACGCCCAGCACCCGCUCUAAUUGAGUUCAAGGGAAUGAAGUUCCUAAUCACUGAUCGGCCAUCAGAUGUCACCAUACAUCAUUACAUAUUGGAAUUGAAGAAGAACAAUGUAAACACUGUUGUACGUGUAUGCGAACCCAGUUACAACACCGAGGAGCUUGAAACACAAGGUAUCAUAGUCAAGGACUUGGCAUUUGAGGACGGCACUUUUCCUCCGCAGCAAGUCGUAGACGAGUGGUUUGAGAUUUUGAAACAAAAAUAUCAACAAAACCCAGAAGCUUGUGUAGCCGUGCACUGCGUCGCUGGUCUUGGUCGUGCACCAGUUUUGGUGGCAUUGGCUUUAAUCGAAUUAGGACUUAAAUAUGAAGCUGCAGUGGAAAUGAUAAGGGAUAAACGUCGUGGUGCUAUAAAUGCUAAGCAGUUGUCUUACUUGGAGCGAUAUAAGCCAAAAGCAAGGCUAAAGCACAAAAAUGGCCACAAAAAUUCAUGUUGCGUGCAAUAGAUUUCCAAAACCAUAAUAAUUCCCACCAGAUGAAAAGUGUUCAUUUUAAAGAAAAAAAGUAAAAAAAAAACAAAAACACAACAAAAAAA